AUGGAGGGCCAGCAACCGCCUUUCACGAGUCCAGAGGAAUGUACUUGGUGGUUUCUCGCAUGUCUGCCCUAUUGCCCCUCGAAAGAUGAUAUUGCACAUGAAGCCCAUUACCUCAGUGAUAUUGCCCUUCCGUAUUACGACGGAGACGACGAAGUAGAAGAGUUUAUUUUGGAUGACUCGUGUUUCGGGAAAAUUCAGACUAUAAUUCGAAAUCGAGACCCAAAAGCAAUAUUCAACACACCACCGGCAUUUUGUUGUCAUCUAAAUGCCGCCAGUGACAUUCGCUUGUCCUCGCAGUUACCCUUCCCUUCCGAAACCGGCACACUUGAUUUUUGCUCUGUGGGAUGGUACGCGUAUGAAGAGAAGCCCGAAAUCAACUUCACAAGAAUCAAUGUCAGGCAACAGGCGCAAGAGAGCGUGCAAAACCACAUGAAAUACAAAGAUCUUAGUGCUCUGUUUCAACUGCCACACGAGUUGUUCUUACAGACAUUAUCAGACUUGCACCCCAUUGACCUCCACGCACUAAGACGCGUGAACCGCGAGUUCAGGUCUUUCCUGUCCUCACCUCCUUCCAAUACAAUUUGGAGGAGGUCUUUCGCCUCGUCGGCUAACCCAAGUACUCCCCUCUGUCCGGUCGACGUGAAUGGUUGGGAAUGGGCCAGAUUAUUAUUUGGUUCUCCUCUUUGCGAUAACUGCCAGUGUACUCAUGACUAUGUAAAUCCCGACGCCGCCAUUCGAAUGAGGCUCUGUAGCUGGUGUUUCUCCUACCGUCUCAUGCAUGUUGACGACGAAGACGUGCCUAUUCAAGUCGUUGAACAAAUAGGUCUAGUUCAUGACCUGAUCUGCAGGACCUUCUGUCAAGGUCGACCGAUAAACCCAAGUUAUACGGACCCUGAUCAUUUCAUAAAGGCCGACUUCGACGAUGUCCUCCAACAAUAUACUCGCCUGCAAGAUAACAUCGAUAAGCGCGUUGAUGGAGCAGUAGUAGAGUUGGAGCGUUACAAAACCUUUAGGCGAGCUUAUGUCGAAACACAGUUGAAGCAUGUGCGAGAAUGUAACAAUUGGCUGAUAGAAAUCGAUCGCUAUUACAGAAGCAAGAUCCAAAGGAGGUUCGAUUACCAGCUUACUUUGAUCCGGAAGCACCUCCGUCAAGAUGGAUUCAAAGACAUCGACAUUGCUCAUGCUGACCAUCAACUGCGUAACCACCUUUCACAAGAAUGUGAUCCCCAGAACUCGUAUCAUCACGGCAAUACUACAAGAUUCACCACCCUGACACGAAGUAAUUGGAGAAAAACUCGCCACGGAUUUUGUGAAGCCGUUGAACACUGCGCACGGUUACGAAUACAGGAAGAACGAAAGAGACUCGUCGAGAGAACAAUCCAAGAGUUUAAGAAAACGACGACCCCGAUAUCGUGGUGCUAUUGGCCGCCACGCCAUGUUCUGCACGGAAAGCAACCCUUCAGCAAUAUUCUGAAUCCCGAUAUCAAAUACAGAAAUAACUCUCGUCUUGAAGCGGCAUGCGAACGUGGGAAGGCACUCCUCCAGUCCUUUAUAGACGAGUGGUUAUCAGAUGUAAAGCGGUACCUGCAAAGCUUUUGCGAAGUCGACUUCUUUCCAGAUACUGACCCUGUCGAUCUCGCCGUGUCAGUAUUUCAGUGUCUUUUUUGUUCUCGAGGACAUCAAUUUGUAGGCUGGGAGGAUGUAGUCAUUCACCUACGUGACCACCCAUCACACCAGUCUGAUUAUUCCCGGAUAUCUUUUUCUUAUCCAGGCUGCAACACGGUUUGCACGCUCUUGCGACUCUUGAACCUGGAUUCUAGUUUGACUCUUGCUGUGGACAUGGAUGAAAGGGAUGACAGAUUCGUUUGCUUAGUUUGCGGUAUAUCUUCACGAUAUGCAUUAAAUUGGCGUGAAGCCGUGAAACACCAACAAAUACAUGAGGAACAGUCCUGGCAAGUUUUGCCACCGAGGCUGGCGGUCAUCAUCGAGAACAUUGAAGCUUCUUUGGAUCCCAGAUAUACUGAAGAGGCCUGGUCGUGUAAUCAUUGUCCAAUCCAUCUUGAUGCCCUCGCCAGCCGACGUUCUGUACUGAAACAUGUUGAUCACGAGCAUGGGAUCCGGCAGGGGGAGGCCCAAGAGAAUAGCGAUUUCUUCUACAUGUCACGAUCCGGCUCGGUUAGUCGCAACCUUUUCAAAAUACCCAAGCAGGCGCUGCACCAAUGCCUUCAUUGCAUAUUUUCCUUGAAAUUGUGGAGUACUAUAUCGAUGAAGCAGCACCAGUCUGGAAAGCAUAACAUCAACUCACCAAUUGCCGGAAUAGACUAUUCUUGUGUCUGGGAAGGGUUCUCCGAAGACCCUUUCCCUGUACCGAACGACUGAGUUCAAUGGAAAUGUUUGAUGCUUACAGGGACAUUACGACGGAUACAUCUGGAACGACAGAGUUCGUCAAGUUCCCAAUAAAUCGGUAACUACAAGUGGUAUAUGACUUUUACUAUGUAAUUGUAGAGCGUGGUUGCAAACACCAAACGGUGCUUGGACUUAAUACAAAACGAAUGGCAAAUGCAU